UUAACGCGUUGUAUAUUUGUAGGCUGUGCGUUGGCGCUGUUUGGUCCUUUUCAGUCUUGAUUAAAGUCUUUAUGCUACAUUUUGCCAUAUUUGGAUUAAAGAAGCCUGAAUCUUGAGUUGCAUCAGUGGGAGUUUAAAAUGUUUUAUUUCUCGGGUUCUGUAGUACUAGCAGUAACUUUUCUGUGCACUUUUGAACGCGUUGCUGGGAAAUGCAUUCCGUCCAGGUGUGUUGAUCCAAACACAUGCAUGAAAUCAGGUGAUGGACAGAGCUGUAAAUGCGCAGCGGGUUAUUUUGGAGACCAGUGUGACCAAGCUGUAACAAUGAAUGUCGUGUGUGGAAAAGAUUCAAUCACCAUCUCUGUGAUUGAAGACUUUUUCAAAUACUACAACGUCGGCCUUGGGUCCGUUCACUUGACCAACCCUGAGUGCCGUGCCAGAAAGGAGGUGGUUGCCGGUGUUGCAUUUUACACAGUGCGAACACCCAAGGACCAGUACGAUUUCUGUGGUGGCAAACCUGUUGAGAAAAAUGUUUCCCAUGUGACGUACUCCCUGACAAUGACGUCAGAUCUGCAAGUCUAUGCAAACAUCGUAAGAGACCCAGCCGUAAAGAUCGAGUACAAGUGCGUCUACCCGUUCAUCCGCACGGUCAGCCUGCCUUUUCCCGUCCUCCCUGUAACAAGCGAGACGGUGAUGCGGAUGGACGAGCUGGACGCAGAAGUGGAACUGAGUGUGUAUAGGGACGAGCGGUACGUGGAUGUCUACGGAGGCGUACCCAUUGUGCACUUCAGGGACCGAGUGUUCGUGCAGGUCAGUGUGACUCGGCCGAGGGACUUCUUCAACUUGAGGGUGGAUGAGUGCUGGGCAACACAGACUUCCAAUCCCAAUGACACGUCAAGCCUCGUGCACACACUCCUGCUGGACGGGUGUGCUGACGAUGAAACGGUCUCGUUUAUAACGAAAUCCAUUACAUAUCGAAAUGGUACAAUGGCACAAGGGGGACAAAACGGUGUGAGCUCAACUGUGCGUUUCUCCUUUGAAAUGUUUCGCUUCAGAACCGAGCCCCAUGAGCUUUAUUUGCACUGCAUAGUUCACCUUUGUGCCCAAGGGCACGGAGAGUCUUGUGUUCCUGAAUGUAAAUCCAUUAUCAAGAGAGAGGCUUCCUUGAAGGAGCCCAUUGAAGGUCUUGUGUCUUAUGGCCCGAUCAGACUUGAAGUGCCUGAGCGGCCCAAGAUGAAUAUGCUUUUUACCCUGAUGCUGCCCAUGGCUGCAGUCUGGAUCCUGGCACUCUUUCUCCUCAUCCUGAUCUACAUUGCCAAGGCAGGGAACAAACACAGGGCCUUUGACUCUCCAUCAUAAUGCACCUGUACCAAAACCUUUUAUUUUAUUUAUUUUUACUUUCAAACUGUGCUUACACCGGCUUGAUGACUUGUAAAUUUAUUGAACUAAAGAUGGUGGUGAUGACUCUA